CCAAAGGUGGUGGCCCUUAGUAAGCGAAGUCAGGAGGCCGAGGCCGCUUUCCUGAGUGUUUACAAGCAAUUAAUUGAAGCACCAGACCCCGUGCCUGUGUUUGAGGCGGCGCGUAGCCUAGACGACAGACUGCAGCCCCCCAGCUUCGACCCCAGCGGGCAGCCGCGGCGAGACCUCCACGCCUCGUGGAAGAGGCACCCCGAGCUCCUCGGCCCCAAAGAGCAGAGAGAGGGGACGUCUCCGGCCAGGCCCACGCUGACCGAGGGGAGCCGCCUCCCGGGCGUUCCCAGCAAGGCCCUCCUGACAGAAACUUUGCUGCAGAGAAAUGAGGCAGAGAAACAAAAGGGCCUUCAAGAAGUACAGAUCACUUUGGCAGCCAGACUGGGGGAGGCCGAGGAGAAGAUCAAGGUCCUACAUUCUGCGUUAAAGGCCACGCAGACGGAGCUGCUGGAGCUGCGGCGGAAGUACGAUGAGGAGGCGGCGUCCAAGGCGGAUGAAGUCGGGCUGAUCAUGACCAACCUGGAGAAAGCUAACCAGCGAGCCGAGGCUGCCCAGCGGGAGGUAGAAAGCCUUCGGGAACAACUCGCCUCUGUCAACAGCUCCAUCCGCCUGGCCUGCUGCUCCCCACAGGGACCCGGUGGGGAUAAGGUGAACUUUGCCCUGUGCUCUGGCCCUCGGCUGGAGGCCGCCCUGGCCUCCAAGGAUCGGGAGAUCCUGCGGCUGUUGAAGGACGUGCAGCACCUCCAGAGCUCUCUGCAGGAGCUGGAGGAGACCUCUGCCAACCAGAUCGCAGACCUGGAGCGCCAGCUCAGCGCCAAGUCCGAGGCCAUCGAGAAGCUGGAAGAGAAGCUCCAGGCACAGUCUGACUAUGAAGAAAUUAAAACAGAGCUGAGCAUCUUGAAAGCCAUGAAGCUGGCCUCCAGCACCUGCAGCCUCCCCCAGGGCAUGGCCAAGCCCGAAGACUCCCUGCUGCUGGCGAAGGAGGCCUUCUUCCCCGGGCAGAAGUUCCUUCUGGAAAAGCCCGGUCUUUUGGCUGGCCCUGAGGAGGACCCUUCGGAGGACGACUCCCUCAAGGACUCGCUGGGCAUGGAGCCGUCCUACCCGUCCCCCCCGCAGCUCCCGCCGCCGCCGGGCCCCGAGGACCCGCUGUCCCCCGGCCCCGGGCAGCCCCUGCUGGGCCCCAGCCUGGGCCCCGAUGGCCCUCGGACUUUCUCGCUGUCCCCCUUCCCCGGCCUGGCCGCGGGGGAGAGACUGGCGGGGGACGCGCUGCUGCCCAAGCACAUGAUGCCCCCGGCCGCCUUCAAGGGGGAGGCGGGCGGCCUGCUGGUGUUCCCCCCGGCCUUCUACGGCGCCAAGCCCCCCACGGCCCCGGCCACCCCCGCGCCCGGCGCUGAGCCGCCCGGGGGCCCCGAGCCGGGGGCCGGGGGCGCGGCGGGGGCGGAGGAGGAGCAGCUGGACACGGCGGGGAUCGCCCUGCAGGUGAAGGAGCAGCUGCUGAAACACAACAUCGGGCAGCGCGUGUUCGGCCACUACGUGCUGGGGCUGUCGCAGGGCUCCGUCAGCGAGAUCCUGGCCCGGCCCAAGCCGUGGCGCAAGCUCACGGUCAAGGGCAAGGAGCCCUUCCUCAAGAUGAGGCAGUUCCUGUCGGACGAGCAGAACGUGCUGGCUCUCAGGACCAUCCAGGUGCGGCAGCGAGGCAGCAUCACCCCGAGAAUCCGCACACCGGAGACGGGCUCAGACGACGCCAUCAAGAGCAUCCUGGAACAGGCCAAGAAGGAGAUCGAGUCUCAGAAGGGGGGUGAGCCCAAGAACUCGACGGCCCCAUUGAGCAUCACCAACAGCACAGCCCCCGCCAGCGCCUCGGAAGAUGCCAUCAAGAACAUUCUGGAGCAAGCACGCCGCGAGAUGCAGGCGCAGCAGCAGGCCCUGCUGGAGAUGGAGGCGGGCCCCCGGGGCCGCUCGGUGCCGCCCUCGCCCCCAGAGCGGCCGUCGCUGGCCGCCGUGGGCCAGAACGGGCCCCCGGCCUUCGUGAAGCAGGAGGACGGCGCUGGCGGCGGGGGCACCAGCUGCAGCGCCACGCAGACGCCCCUCACGGUCCUGUCCCCCGCCGCCUUCGUGCAGAGCAUCAUCCGCAAGGUCAAGUCGGAGAUCGGGGACGCCGGCUACUUCGACCACCACUGGGCCUCGGACCGCGGGCUCCUCGGCCGGCCCCACGCCUCCGUGUCGCCCUCGCUCUCGUCCGCCGAGGGGGGCCCCGAGGCGGGCGCCGGGCGGCUGGCCUGCUACCCGGCCUACGUGGCCCGCACGCCCAGGCCCACCGUGCCGCCGCUGACCCCCGAGCAGUACGAGCUCUACAUGUACCGCGAGGUGGACACGCUCGAGCUGACGCGCCAGGUCAAGGAGAAGCUCGCCAAGAACGGCAUCUGCCAGCGCAUCUUCGGGGAGAAGGUGCUGGGCCUGUCGCAGGGCAGUGUGAGCGACAUGCUGUCACGGCCGAAGCCGUGGAGCAAGCUGACGCAGAAGGGGCGGGAGCCCUUCAUCCGCAUGCAGCUGUGGCUCUCGGACCAGCCCGGCCAGGCCACCGGCCAGCCGCCCAGCGCCUCCCAGGCCAGUCCCACGGAACCGAGGUCCUCGCCAUCCCCACCCCCUAGCCCCACGGAGCCCGAGAAGAGCUCCCAGGAGCCCCUGAGCCUGUCACUGGAGAGCAGCAAGGAGAACCAGCAGCCAGAGGGACGCUCCAGCUCCUCGCUGGGUGGGAAGAUGUGCUCGGGCAGCCAGGCCUCCGGGGGCAUCCAGGAGAUUGUGGCCAUGUCCCCAGAGCUGGACACGUACUCCAUCACCAAGAGGGUCAAAGAGGUCCUCACAGACAACAACCUAGGACAGCGGCUAUUCGGGGAGAGCAUCCUGGGGCUGACGCAGGGCUCCGUGUCUGACCUGCUGUCCCGGCCCAAACCCUGGCACAAGCUGAGCCUGAAGGGGCGGGAGCCCUUUGUGCGAAUGCAGCUGUGGCUCAGCGACCCCCACAGCGUGGAGAAGCUGAGGGACGUGAAGCAGCUGGAGAAGAAAGCCUACCUGAAGCGCAGGUACGGCCUCAUCAGCACCGGCUCCGACAGCGAGUCCCCGGCCACGCGCUCCGAGUGCGCGAGCCCCUGCCUGCAGCCCCAGGACCUGAGCCUCCUGCAGAUCAAGAAGCCCCGCGUGGUGCUGGCGCCCGAGGAGAAGGAGGCGCUGCGGAAGGCCUACCAGCUGGAGCCCUACCCCUCGCAGCAGACCAUCGAGCUCCUCUCCUUCCAGCUCAACCUCAAGACCAACACCGUCAUCAACUGGUUCCACAACUACAGGUCCCGGAUGCGCAGGGAGAUGUUGGUGGAGGGGACCCAAGACGAACCAGACCUCGAACCCACUGGGGCUUCUGGUGUCCUGCCGCCACACCACUCCCACCAAGACCCUACACUGCAGAGCCCCGACUCCGAGGCUGAGGACCAGAAGCCUACCGUGAAGGAACUGGAGCUUCAGGAGGGCCCCGAGGACAGCGUCACAGCCCUGACCGCCCAGGACAAGGGGCAAGUGAGGAUCAAGCAGGAACAGACAGAGGAGGAUGCUGAGGAGGAGGCGGGCAGCCAGCUCCAGGACGCAGGGGAGCUGGACAAAGGCCAAGGUUCCCCCAGAGAGGGGCAUCCCAACCCUCCGGGUAAUGACAGACUCCCAAAUGUGGCCCCAGGGCUCCUUUUUCCAGGUGGGACCACCCCAGACUGCCCCUCACUGCAACCCCACCAAGAGAGUGAAGGUGGGGAGCGGCUAUACCCGGACCCUCUAAGUUUUAAGUCAGCCUCGGAGUCCUCACGCUGCAGCCUGGAGGUGUCACUGAACUCGCCCUCGGCCGCCUCCUCGCCAGGCCUCAUGAUGUCCGUGUCACCCGUCCCCUCCUCCUCAGCCCCCAUCUCCCCAUCCCCACCCAGUGCCCCCCCUUCCAAAGUGCCGAGCACCAGCCCCACUGCUGACACGGCUGGGGCCUUACACCCCAGCGCCAAGGUGAACCCCAACUUGCAGCGGCGGCAUGAGAAGAUGGCCAACUUGAACAGCAUCAUCUACCGGCUAGAGAGGGCAGCCAACCGGGAGGAGGCCCUGGAGUGGGAGUUCUGAAGGUGGGGGUGGGGGG